AAAUAUCCACUAGGGAUAAGUUGUCUGCGUCUGUGUGUGCCCAAGUGUGUGGUUGAUGGGCUGUGUGUGUACGCAUACACCCAAUGCCCAUUGCGCGCUUCAUUUCCAAUGGCCAUUUCCAGAUCUCCAGAUUGGUCUUCCAUUAACUCUUGCAGAAAACCCCACAACAUCAUCAUCUUCUCUCCCUCAUGGAAGACCCUUCCUUUUCUUUUCCCCCCGUGCUCCAAUUUUCCUCUCUACCAGCUCAACUCUUCCAGUUGCCCAUCUCCAAUCCUGGAAGAGAGUACAAAUUUUCCUGUCAUCCAAUGGGACUUGAGGGUACAAGAUUCUCAAGAAUACCUUGUACCAGACUCACAGAAUUUAAACGAUUUCAUGUGUAGGGUUCUGCAGGAUCCACGAACUGAACACUUAGCGUAUGAGUACUACGAGAAAGCAAAAGAAAGGCAUGAAUUUAAACCAGAAAAAUCAAUGCUAAAGCUUCUAAUAAGGUAUUUGAUACGAUCAAAGAACUGGGAUCUCAUUUUAUCCGUCUCUGAUGACCUCAGCAAGUACAAUGUGAUGCCUGAUAGUUAUACUUGUUCAAUGCUAGUUAGCAGUUGCAUUAAAGCUAGAAAAUUCAGAAUUGCUAAGUCCUUACUUGAAAUUUUCAAAUCUUAUAGUGAAAUUGCUGUCUUGGCUUUUGAUUCUGCAAUGAGAGGCUAUAAUAAGCUACAUAUGUAUGCUAGCACAAUUUUUGUUUACGAGAAAAUGAAAUUAGCAGGCAUUUCUAUGGACUCCGGGAGUUAUUGCCAGAUAAUGAAGGCAUACCAGAAAAUCGGUGAUACAGAGAGGGUUAUUGCAUUGUUUCAUGAAUUUGAAAGUAGAAAAUUGGAAAAUUCAAGAUCAGUUUCAAGUCAAAUGUAUAGGGUAUUAUGCGAGUCAUUAGGGAAAUCAGGUCUAGCUUUUGAAGCUCUUGAAUACUUCGGGGACAUGAGAAAGAAAGGGAUUUUGGGGGACUCGAGAAUUUACUCUUCUUUAAUCUGUUCAUUUGCAAGCAUUCGAGAGAUUAAUGUAGCAGAAGAUCUAUUUAAAGAAGCCGAAGAAAAGAAAAUGUUAAGGGAUCCAGAAAUUUUCUUGAAACUCGUCUUGAUGUAUAUGGAAGAAGGGCUAAUGGAGAAGACUCUUGAGAUUGUUAAGGUGAUGAAGCGUGUAAAAGUUAGGGUGUCAGAUUGUAUUUUCUGUGCAAUUAUUAAUGGCUUUGCUAGAAGGAGAGGGUUCCGUGCAGCAGUGAAGGUUUAUGAAGAGUUGAUCUCUGAUGGCUGUGAGCCUGGACAGGUGACCUAUGCUUCAAUAAUAAACGCAUAUUGUCGUACUGGGUUGUAUUCCAGAGCUGAAAUGGUGUUCUUGGAGAUGCAGGAAAAAGGGUUUGAUAAAUGUAUGGUGGCAUAUUCUAGCAUAAUUUCAAUGUAUGGGAAGACAGGGAGACUAAGAGAUGCAAUGAGGCUUGUGGCGAAAAUGAAAGUAAAAGGGUGCGAACCAAAUGUGUGGAUAUACAAUUCUCUGUUGGAUAUGCAUGGGAGUGUCAAGAACUUGAGACAGGUUGAGAAGCUAUGGAAGGAAAUGAAGAGAAGGAAAGUGGCACCAGAUAAGGUAAGUUACACUAAUGUUAUUAAGGCUUACAAUGAAGCGAAGGAGUUUGAUAUGUGUGUGAGAUACUACCAUGAGUAUAGGAUCAAUGGAGGCCUGAUUGAUAGGGCUAUGGCAGGAAUCAUGGUAGGGGUUUUCUCCAAAGCUGGGAGAAUCCAAGAGUUGUUGAGACUUCUUCAGGACAUGAAAACAGAAGGGACACAAUUAGAUGGGAGGCUUUAUCGGUCUGCUUUCAAUGCAUUGAGUGAUGCAGGACUGCAAAUGCAAGCCAAAUGGUUACAGGAAAGCUUUGAGGCAAUGUAAUAAUGUAGGUGAUAUAUCAUGGCCAUUCUCUGCUACUUUUCAAGUCAAUAGAACAUGAGAAAAAUAUGUAUAUGUUCAAAAGUUCUAACAUCAGGUCUCAACGCUAGGUGCCAUAUUUGAAUUGAGCCUUAUGGUGUGUGUAAAUGUCUAUACAUAUAUGUACAUGCUUAUAUAUAUAUAUGUAAAAAUUUUUUU